AUGUCCAACCAACCACCCCCUUCGUAUAAUGGCACCGCCAACUAUGCGCCGGAGUGGGCUUCUUCAUAUCCUGUCAUGGUCCCACCAGACUUGACCCUCAACUCAGAAUAUACUCCAUCAUCUCAGCCACCUGUUCCCCAUAAUGGGUACCCACUCGACUACAAUCUCCACAACGUGAACGCGAACGCGCGGAUUGCCCCUCAUGGAGCUUCAGGGCAGUUCCUCCCGCCUUUCCCCUUCAUGCCUCCCUUCGACGCGUCCCAAGUACCUCCGUUUCCCCCUCUGCCGAUACCGCCAGCCGGUUUCUCUCCGUUCCCGGUGCCAACAGGAUCCUCAACUCCUCAAUACGCUCUUCCAAGUCAAUCAACAGAGAAUGCUUCCUCUCAAUCAGCAGGGUUGCCUGGUGGCGCGAGAGCGACAUCAACUCAUCUUGACUCGAACCGUGAGGAGGGUGAGGUCAGUGAGAGGGAACACGAAAGACCAUCCGGGUCGUACCACCCCGUGCCGUCGGGGGAACGAACCAGGUGGGGACAGCUAUCAGCGGAACGUCGGGUUCCAGACCGCGAGGAAGGCGAGGCAUUCUCAUCUGACUCCAGCAGGAGCAGUGGAUCACCAUACAAUCCACCCCUGUCCGUUUCCGCUGAUCCAAAUCUAGUUCCUGUGAUAGAAACGCCAAGUCUGGACACACCGAAUACAAGACCCGCUUCUGCCGCUUCACUCUCCAAAUCUGUGGCACAGCUUCGGGUGCAGGCGCAGGGCGCAUUGCUGAGCUUGGCUCCUCACAACAUUCGCUACAAUGAGUUGGUUGCUGAAGGCAUUAAUCCCAAGCUCCUCAGGCAACUCUAUGAAGAAGUCGGAAUAAAAGUUGUGCCACCCCCGUCUGACCAAACCAAACUGAAGACCACGCAGCUGGGCCCACAGUCCAACACCCUGCCAACAAGACCAGGAACGGCAAAGGUGAAAGACCCUGCACCCAAACCAAUCCCUGCGGUGCCAACUCCCUCCAGCUCUUCCACGAAGGGCCCGGACGGGCAAACGUCCAUGGAGAGAAAACAUGUCAUCGCCCGAAUGCUUGCAGAAAAGGCCGCCAAAGCUGCCAACUCGAGUGCCUCCAAGACAGAUUUGCCGAAGGAAGCAACUGGGUCUUCCAGCGAAACUCGUCCCAAAAGCAAAGUGGAACCCUCCAGGGUGAAGAACAAAGCUCAGACGGAACUGGCACGGCAACGAAUAGAGGAGCUGAAACGACAGAUGUUGCUCAAGAGUCAACAAAAGGUGCAGCAAAGUGGCGGGCCAGAAACCGAUACUGGGAAAAGUACCGAGGCUAGUCAAGUCUCCGUAUCCUCUGGUGCUUCCCCAUCCACCAUUCAACACCCGCUUCCUGUUCGACCUCCUCUACCAACCAAAGCCAACCCUGCUGGAAUUCCUGGUUUGUUCAUGGCCGAGUCAACGCAAGACACAGAUCGCGAAGCUCGAGGUCAAACUGUUGCCGUUGAUUCAACGCCCCUCGCCCGAGCAACGCAGCGAAAACGGCCUCGAGCGUCUGAUUUUGAUGAGCCCGUCACGGCUCCCAAGAAACAUCUGAACCAAAGCAAGGGGCAUGCUGGUGCUGCUGAGAGGCUGGUCAUCGACAUCAGUGACGAUGAAUCUCUCUAUGGUGAUGAUGAGGGAGGUCUCAUGGAUGUGGACUCGAGCCAAGAGCAAGACUCGGAACCCAUGCCAACUGCGGAGGCUCUACUGGCCUCAUUACGGAACAUCGCCUCCUUACCCACGAGAACCUCCACGUCAACCCCGCAAGAUUCCUCUCGGCCCUCUGACCAGGAGAGCAUUCGAAAGAAGGAUCUAGAGAUUCAAGCUAUGCACAAGCGGAUAGCUGAGCUUGAGCAACGGAAAAAGGCAAGACUGGUUCCUGGCCCAGCUGGCUUACCUCAGUCUUUUGACUCGGGUGCAUCAUCAUCAGCUGGACAAUCGAGCGGCGCCGAAGCCGAAGCCACCGAUACCUCUACCGCUCCCCUUCCUAAGACAACACCGGCUGCAGAUGUUGCCACCAUAAGUACGGCUCGUCCGAACCUAAUCGAUUCCUUCAGUGAUUCGUCUGUCAAGGUGCUAGCGUCUAUGGAAACCGAACAGCUCGACAGCUUGCGGUCCAAAAUUCUGCGAAUGCAAGCAAUCGAGUCUGGGCUUCCUGAUUUAGAUGCUGAGAUAUUGUCAUCCGAAUCCAACCUGUCUCAUUGCAGGCAGGAGGCCGAUCGACUUCUCUCUGAAAUUACGAAGGGAAAAGAAGGGCGGUUUCUAUUAGUUAAAGAAUUGAAACAUCUUGGUGAUGAGAUCACUCGCUUGUCAUUAGCGGAUCUGGAGCAACUUCGCCGACAAGCUGAAGUCAAGGAACAAGAAAUUGUGGCAAAGGAAGCAAUCCAAACCUCGCACUUUCAAGACACCAUUAUUCCGGAUGCCCAUGCCCUUGAACAAGAUGACACUGCCGGCACUCCAACUUCUCCAGAAGAUGUCCUUGUCGACCGGCCUGCAGCGGAUUAUGCUGUGGAUUCCGUCGCCGAAUCGUCUUCUUCCGUAGCCGACUCUACUGGAUCUUCCAUGGACGAGUCUGCCGACGAAGAAUCUUCCUCUGAUGCUGAUGCGCCAAUCACUGAAGGUGCAACUCCAGAAGGUGUGGAGAUUGUGGAAGCGAAUACUCUGCACCAUGUUCUCCCUGAGCAGCCGCCCGCCCCGGCUGUCGACCUUGCCACAGAACAUUCUGCGGCAUCCGACACCCACCAGAGUGUGCGGUGCGACUCUCUUGAAUCAUCGGAGGCAUCAGAGGGCUAUGAGCCACCAGAACCCGAUGUCAAGGAAGCCCCUGGCCAAACCUACAGUCCUCCUUUCAGCCCUGCCCCUCCCGAGUCUGUCAAAAGCACGGCAGGGUCAACGUCUUCGAUUGACAUGUCUCCAGCUGAUGAAGCAGUGACCGAUGCCCCUCCGGUGUCAGUUUCGAAGCAAGCGUCGGGCUCACAGGUUAACACUCUUGAAAACGAAGAAUCUGCUGCCGACUCCAAGCAGAGGUUUUCUCCCUACAUCAGCCCGCUGCGAAAUUUCAAGGCGUAUCGCUAUCACCCCAAUUAUGCAGAGGACGUUUCGAACGGCUACCGUUCGCUAACUUACAGCCAUGACAUUGAUCCUAUGAAGUACCUCUGUCCAUACGAAGCUUCCGGUGGUGUCUGCAAUGACCGGUCCUGUGAAUUCCAACAUUUCCGGGAUAUGACUCUCAGCGAUGACAAGAUCCUGAUCCAAAUGGGAGCGGCUCGGGAGGGCAACACCGAGGAAGAAAAAGAGACCUACCUCGCCGGUCUGAAGGAAAUCAUCAACGAGAUGCGACGUGAUAAGGUGAAAGAUUUCACCACCGUGGCCGCCGAAAUAGCCGCAUAUCGUAGACGCUUUCUCCAAGACCCGUCGCGCGUCUUGCCCAUGUAA